AGCUAAGGCAGGACCAGCCAACCUAGCUGGGGGCUGGGGGAUUGGGGGGGCCCUAAACGGAGUAAGCAUUCUUUCAUGGGGCUUAGGAGAUGGAACACCGACAGCCUGGGACUGGCCAGAGAGCCCCCGAGGAUGAGAAAGAGAUGGUCCGCAGAGCCAUCCAGAAGGAGCUGAAGAUCAAGGAGGGCAUGGAGAACAUGCGGCGCGUGGCCACAGACCGACGCCACCUGGGCCACGUGCAGCAGCUGCUGAGGGCCUCCAACCGCCGCCUGGAGCAGCUGCAUGGCGAGCUUCGGGAGCUGCACGCCCAAGUUCUGCUGCCGGCCUCAGCUGAGCCAGUGACCUCGGGACCCCAGCCGCGGGCGGAGCAGUCCAGGGCCCGGCUCUCGGAGGCUUUACAUAGGCAGCUGCAGGUGGAGCUGAAGGUAAAGCAGGGGGCUGAGAACAUGAUUCACACGUGUGCCAGCGGCACCCCGAAGGAGAGGAAGCUCCUGGCGGCUGCCCAGCAGAUGUUAAAGGACAGUCAGCUGAAGGUGGCCCUGCUCCGGAUGAAGAUAAGCAGCCUGGAGUCCAGUGGGUCUCCAGAGCCAGGCGCCGAUUUGCAGGCAGAGGAGCUGCAGCACCGACUUCGCGUAGAGGCUGCUGUGGCUGCGGGCGCCAAGAAUGUGGUGAAGCUGCUUGGUGGCCAGAGGAUGCAGGACCGCAAGGCACUGGCCGAGGCCCAGGCCCAGCUCCAGGAAUCCUCCCAGAAGCUGGACCUCCUACGGCUGGCCCUGGAAUUGCUGCUGGAGAGGUUGCCUCCCACCCACUCUCUACGCAGCAGGGUGACCCGAGAACUUCGGAUGGCUAUGCUUGGGAACCCCCAGCCUUUGGGGACCCUUGUGAAACCCAUUGCCCUGACAGGGACAUUGCAGGUUCGCCUCCUGGGUUGCAAAGAUCUGCUGGUAGCUGUGCCUGGACGGUCUCCCAUGGCUGUCCUGGCUGGUAGCCCUUCUGAAAGCUGGCUCCGAACAAGGUCCCGGCGGCAGCAGCAGCAGCGUGGUGGAGGCGAGCUGGCCAGUGAGGUACUGGCUGUGUUGAAGGUUGACAAUCGUGUUGUGGGCCAGACAGGAUGGGGAGUGGUGGCUGAGAAAUCCUGGGACCAGGCCUUUCUCAUCUCCUUAGACCGAGCCCGUGAGCUGGAGAUCGGGGUUCACUGGCGGGACUGGCGACAGUUGUGUGGUUUGGUGUUCCUGAAGCUUGAGGACUUCCUGGACAAUGCCUGUCACCAGCUUUCUCUCAGUCUGGUGCCACAGGGGCGGCUCUUUGCCCAGGUCACCUUCUGCGAGCCUGUCAUUGAAAGGAGGCCUCGGCUGCAGAGGCAGAGACGCAUUUUCUCUAAGCGGAGAGGCCGGGAUUUCCUGAGAGCUUCCCAGAUGAACCUUAGCAUGGCAGCCUGGGGGCGCCUGGUCAUGAGCUUGCUGCCCCCCUGCAGCUCACCACACACAGUCAGUCCCCCUAAAGGGUGUCCUUCAACAGCAGCCUGUGGGACCCCCAGUGCUGCUUCCCCCAGUAACUUCCUGCCCAUGAAGCCGCUCUCAAGAGAAGACAUGAAACCUCCUCCCAAACCCCCACGCCUCUAUCUCCAAGAACCAGCCCCAGGGACUCCUUGUACCAAGCGCCCCCACAUGGACCCUAGACCUGCAGUAGUGUCCACCCUGGCAGCCUUAUCCACCAGGAAACCCCCCAGACUUCAAGACUUCCGAUGUUUGGCUGUGCUGGGUCGGGGACACUUUGGGAAGGUCCUCCUGGUCCAGUACAAAGGAACAGGGAAAUACUACGCUAUCAAGGCAUUGAAGAAGCAGGAAGUGCUAAGCCGAGAUGAGAUGGACAGCCUAUACUGUGAGAAGCGGAUCCUGGAGACUGUGGGGCGUACCGGGCACCCCUUCCUGCUCUCUCUCCUUGCCUGCCUGCAGACCUCCAGCCACGCCUGCUUUGUUACUGAGUUUCUGCCCGGAGGAGACCUCAUGUCGCAGAUUCAUGAGGAUGUCUUUCCUGAGCCCCAGGCCUGCUUCUACCUGGCCUGUGUGGUUCUGGGGCUGCAGUUCCUACACGAGAAGAGGAUCAUUUACAGGGAUCUGAAAUUGGACAAUCUGCUACUGGAUGCCCAGGGCUUCCUCAAGAUUGCAGACUUUGGACUAUGCAAGGAAGGGAUUGGCUUUGGUGACCGGACCAGCACUUUCUGUGGCACCCCAGAGUUCCUGGCCCCGGAGGUUCUGACUCAGGAGGCUUACACACGGGCUGUGGACUGGUGGGGGCUGGGUGUGCUGCUCUAUGAGAUGCUGGUGGGUGAGUGUCCAUUCCCGGGGGACACAGAAGAGGAGGUGUUUGAAUGCAUCGUCAAUGCUGAUGUCCCAUGUCCCCACUUUCUGUCGGUGCAAGGGCUCGAACUCAUUCAGAAGCUCCUCCAGAAGUCCCCAGAGAAGCGUCUAGGGGCAGGAGAACGGGACGCUGAGGAGAUCAAGCUUCAGCCAUUCUUCAGGACCACCAACUGGCAGGCCUUGCUGGCUCGCACCGUUCAGCCUCCCUUCGUGCCUACCCUCUGUGGCCCUGCAGACCUUCGUUACUUCGAGGGAGAGUUCACCAGCCUGCCUCCCACCCUGACCCCACCAGUCCCCCAGAGCUCCCUCACCGCUCGCCAACAGGCUGCCUUCCGGGACUUUGACUUCGUGUCUGAGCAGUUCCUGGAGUCCUGAGGGUCUCCUGGCACUUCUGCCAGACCGCAGGAAGCCUCCACGUAGCCAUGUGCCUGGGCCAAAGUAUUUAAUGAGUGUGUGGGAGUCGAGGCAGCGGCCGUCUGUGGGGCUGCCAUGCUAGGCUUUCCUCUGUGUUCCUGCUGUGUCUAGAACCCUCUCCUUCUGCUUCCUGGUAUACCCCAGACCAGGAAAGAGUCCACAGCAGCAUGGUCGGCUUCUCCUUUUAAUACUUGACUUUAUAGAGAGUAUUAAAUUAAUAAAACUGUACACUUGAGGUAGCCAG